AGCCGAGCGCAGCGCCAUGGCCGCCGAGCCGCCCCGCCUGCCGCGGCAGCUGUUCCUGGCGGGCCUGGCCGCCGCCUACGUCGCCGCCUUCGCCUCCCUCUACGUGCAGCUGCCCGGCCUCUAUGGGCGGGACGGCAUCCUGCCGGCCCGGAGGAUGCUGCGCGUCACGGGCAAGGGCUUCUGGGAGCAGCUGCGGGACUCGCCCACCCUCCUGUGGUUCUGCCCCCACCUGGGCCUGGACACGGAGCAAGGCAUGGAGCUGCUGUGCCUGCUGGGGGCGCUGCUCGCCCUGGGGGCCCUGCUGCUGGAGCCGCUGCGCGACAGCCUCGUCUUCCUGCUCCUCCGGGCCUUUUACCUCUCGCUUUAUCAGGUCGGGCAGGUGUUCCUGUACUUCCAGUGGGACAGCCUGCUGCUGGAGACGGGCUUCCUGGCGGUCCUGGUGGCCCCCCUGCACCUGCUGAAGUGGCGAGGCACAGCCUGGCGUCCGCACGACGGGGUCACCUUCUGGCUGGUGCGCUGGCUGCUCUUCCGGCUCAUGUUUGCUUCGGGGGUGGUGAAGCUCACCAGUCGCUGCCCCACCUGGUGGGGGCUCACAGCGCUGACGUACCACUACGAGACCCAGUGCAUCCCCACCCCGGCGGCCUGGCUGGCUCACCAGCUGCCCGUCUGGUUCCAGAAGCUCAGCGUGGUGGCCACCUACGUGAUCGAGAUCGCCAUCCCCCCGCUCUUCUUCGCGCCCGUGCGCCGCCUCCGCCUGUUCGCGUUCUACAGCCAGGUCCUCCUGCAGCUGCUCAUCAUGAUCACAGGCAACUACAACUUCUUCAACCUGCUGACCAUUGUCCUGAGCUUCUCCCUGCUUGACGAGGAGCAUGUGGGGCUGUGGCUGGGCCACGGCCGGAGGAAAGCGGCAGGGGCCGCGCCCCCCCGGGUGCUGUCCGUGCUGUCUGCGCUGGCAGAACUGGGCGCCUACAGCUUCCUGGCCUACUGGACCACCCGCUACUUUGGGAUGGAGAUCAACUGGGAGCAGAAGGUGCUCGUGUGCAGGACAGCAUUCACCUACCACGAGUUCAUGCAGUGGCUGAAGACGGUGACCCUCCCGCUCGUGGGGCUGGGCUUUCUCUCCCUCGCCUGGGAGAUCCUCCAGGCCGGCUACCGCGCUGCCUGCGCCCGGGGCGCCCUCUGGAAGCUCUGGGGCACCGUGCAGACGGUCGUCUUCGCCACCGCCGCCCUGGGGAUGUUCGCCAUCAGCCUGGUGCCCUUCACUUACAUCGAGUACGAGUCCAACGAGCGGCUCUGGCCCAGCGUCCACCAGCUCUUCGGGGCCGUGGACCGCUUCCAGGUGGCCAACUCCUACGGGCUCUUCCGGCGCAUGACGGGAGUCGGGGGGCGACCCGAGGUGGUGCUGGAAGGCAGCCACGACAAGCAGGCCUGGACGGAGAUCGAGUUCAUGUACAAGCCGGGCAACACCAGCGCCCUGCCCCCCGUCCUGAUCCCCCACCAGCCCCGGCUGGACUGGCAGAUGUGGUUCGCCGCCCUGGGCCCCCACAGCCACAGCCCCUGGUUCGCCAGCUUUGUCUACCGCCUCCUGCAGGGCAAGACGGAAGUGAUCCGCCUCGUGCAGGCCGAGGAGUCCGGGUACCCCUUCGCGGCCCGGCCGCCCACCUACAUCCGGGCGCAGCUCUACAAGUACUGGUUCACCAGGAGCAGCGAGGACGGGUCCCUUCCCCAGAACUGGUGGAGGCGCCAGUGGGUCGAGGAGUUCUUCCCCGUGGUCUUUCUGGGCGACCCCAACCUGGACGCCCUCUUAGCUCAGCACAACCUGAAGGACAAGACGCCCCUGAAGCGGCCCCCGGACGGGCUCCUGCCGGCGGCACUGCAGUGGGUGCGGGCCUCCCUCCCCUCGCACUCCGGCCCCGCCAUCAUCUGGGCCCUCUACCUCACGGCGGCAGCCAUCGGCCUCCUGCGGGGGGUGGCCGCAGCGCUGCUCGGGGGCAGCCCCCCCAGCGGCGGGAAGCCCCGGAGCGCCCGGCGGGCAGAGCCGGGGGCGGACCCCGGGGGUGGCGGGGAGCAGGCCGGCGGUGAGAAGAACGGGCAGCUGCGGAAGAAGGAGGCGGUGGCGGCGGCGGCGGCGGUGGCAGAGAAGGGGCCCCGGGGCCCGGCAGAGGCCCCCACGGAGGGGCCGCGCAAUGCCAAGAAGAGGAAGUAGCCGCCGUGCCGGGUGGCACCCGACUCCCGGGCGCAGGUUGAGCGGUGCCGGCCGGCCUGGGCUUGGCUCCCUCUGGACGCGGAGCCCCCUCGGCCGUCUGGGGGAGGCCCCCCCAGCGUGGCCCUGGAGUGCCUGUGGGGGGGGUCGGGGUCUCUCUCAGGAUCUCCUUGCUGUUGCCUCUGUCCCCCCGUUUCCUGCCCCUCCGCACAAACAGGCUGUGGGUCCGCCCCCCCACACACCCCGUAGCACCCCGUGGGGCUUGCACUCCCCCCUUCCUCCUGUGGAGGCCGGGAAUUAGGCCGUGGGGGCCAGCCUUCCUCCCAUGGGCCGCAGCGCCACGGGGCGCCCGGCACCCUGGCCGGCCUCUCGCAGUCUGGGGGUGCCAAGGGGCGCGUGCUGGACCGGCCGUGGCCGCGUUGAGGCCCACUGGCUCUGGCACUAGCUUCCACUGGGCUGCUGGAGAGGGGGGGGGAGAGUGGCCAGAAGCCCCCCGGGAAGAAGGGGCUUCUUUUCCCUAGGAGUCCCCGAGGCCCCUUCCUCCGUGCUGCAGCCCUGAACCAGGAGCAGUCGCAGCCACCCCGGUGGCCCCCCCCGCCGCCCCGCUUGCCUGCGGAGCCCCGCUGCCCAUGGGGGCGGGGGGUUUCAGGGCUGCCCCUGGGCGGGGGCCUUGCUGGAGCCAGGGCUCGGCUGCAGCCCACUCCCUUCCCCAGGCGCUGCGCGGGGCCAGAAAGAGUUGCCUAUACUUUUCUAAAUAAAGCCUUCACGUUCC